AUCCGCUUGAAUUUGAUUACUGUCAUUCAGUGUUAGGUGUUCUGUGGCUGAGAUGGUACUGUCAUGAUGACGGGUGGAUGACAGGAGCUCAAAUAUGCACCCUAUUUAAUAAAGUCCAGCUGCCCUUGGGAAAAUAUUGAUUUUCAACUCAGAUUUUCAUGUCUUGUCUGAGUCUGCAUUGCAGUGCUGCUACACGAUAUUCUAAACGACAUUAUUAACAUCAUUUUAGAUAAAACAUGGCUGUCUUCAAAGUUGCUAAAUGUCCAACUGACGAACUUUCACUCUCAAACUGUGCCGUCGUAAAUGAGGCCGAUUUUCCAAAUUCAAAACACAUCAAGAUACACACUGGAGGAGGCCAGAAUUUCGUGUUUUCCAUAAAAAGUCAUCCAAGUAUAGCAAGGUACACAGUUGGGUUCAGUCUUCCUCAGAGGAAAUGGGCUGUACUUUCACUUAAUCAAGAGAUCAAUGUUGAGCCUUAUCAUCCUGAAGAAUACAUAUCCUCCAUUGUUUUGGAGGCAGAUUUCAUGCAAAAAAAGACUACUUCACAAGAGCAGUAUGACACAGAUGAGAUGGCUAAAGAAUUCCUCUAUUCUUUUCCAAACCAGAUGUUUACUGUUGGACAACAGUUAGCAUUUGCUUUCAAGGACAAAAAACUACUGUUGUUGGUGAUUAAAGAUAUUGAAGUUGUUGACAUAUCAGCAAUAAAAUCUGGUGGAGAUGCCAAGCCUAGGAAAGCAAAAAUUGGUCAACUUAUUCCCAAUACACUAGUGCAGUUUGAGAAAGCAGAGAAUUCAUCUUUGAAUUUAGUUGGAAAGUCAAAAGGGAAAGUGGUUCGUCAGUCCAUCAUCAAUCCUGACUGGGACUUCCAGAAGAUGGGCAUAGGUGGUUUAAGCAAUGAAUUCAAUGCUAUCUUCAGAAGAGCAUUUGCCUCCAGGGUUUUUCCACCUGAAAUUAUUGAGCAGUUGAACUGCAAGCAUGUUAAAGGAAUUCUGCUGUAUGGUCCACCUGGCACUGGUAAAACACUGAUGGCAAGACAGAUUGGCAAAAUGUUGAAUGCUAGAGAACCAAAAAUCGUGAAUGGCCCCCAAAUUUUGGACAAAUAUGUCGGCGAAUCAGAAGCUAAUGUUAGAAGGUUGUUUGCUGAUGCAGAAGAAGAAGAAAAGAGGGCAGGUCCAAACAGUGGUCUACACAUAAUAAUUUUCGAUGAAAUCGACGCUAUAUGUAAACAAAGAGGAUCCGUAGCAGGCAACACUGGAGUCCAUGAUACUGUAGUGAAUCAACUGCUGUCAAAAAUUGAUGGCGUUGAACAGCUAAACAACAUUCUAGUCAUUGGCAUGACAAAUAGGAAGGACAUGAUAGACGAUGCUCUACUGAGACCUGGACGAUUAGAAGUACAAGUUGAAAUCAGCCUUCCUAAUGAAGAUGGUAGAUUACAGAUUCUAGAGAUACACACUGCUAGAAUGAAACAGUAUAAGAAAAUGGGCGCAGACGUAGACUUAAGGGAGCUGGCAGCACUAACAAAGAACUUUUCUGGAGCAGAAUUGGAAGGUUUGGUGCGAGCAGCACAGUCAACAGCUAUGAACAGGUUGAUCAAAGCAUCUAGUAAGGUAGAAGUGGAUCCUGAAGCUAUGGAGAAAUUGCUAGUUGGUAGAGCUGAUUUCUUGCAUGCUCUGGAACACGAUGUCAAACCAGCAUUUGGCACAGCUCAAGAAAUUAUCAACCAGUUCUUAUCCCGGGGUAUUAUUAACUGGGGAUCGCCAGUCACUAAUAUCAUUGAAGAUGGAAUGCUGUUUAUCCAACAAGCCCGUGCUGCCGAGGGUUCAGGAUUGGUUUCUGUGCUGCUUGAAGGCCCGCCCAAUGCAGGCAAAACUGCGCUAGCUGCUCAACUUGCAAAAAAUUCUGACUAUCCAUUUGUCAAAGUCUGUUCCCCAGAAGAAAUGGUCGGAUUCACUGAAACUGCCAAAUGCUUGAGCAUAAGAAAGAUAUUUGAUGACGCGUAUAGGUCCACUCUAAGCUGUAUUUUGGUAGAUAAUAUUGAAAGACUACUGGAUUAUGGACCAAUUGGCCCGAGAUAUUCGAAUUUGACUCUCCAAGCGUUGCUUUUAUUACUUAAAAAACAACCGCCUCCUGGUAAAAAGCUUCUGGUACUGUGCACAUCGAGUAGAAGACAAGUGCUUGAAGAAAUGGAAAUGCUCUCAGCAUUCACAGCUGUCCUUCACGUCCCAAAUUUGUCAAAAGCAGAGCAUCUAUUGAAUGUCCUGGAAGCAUCAGAUGUUUUCUCGAAUCAAGAAUUGAAACAGAUUGCUCAUCAGGUUCAUGGAAAGAGGAUCUUCAUCGGAAUCAAGAAACUCUUAGCGUUAAUCGACAUGGCCAGGCAGACAGACGAAAGGAUCCGAGUGAUCAAGUUUAUCACAAAAUUGGAAGAGGAUGGAGCAUUGGAAGACCCUGGAAUGGCUUAAAUAAAGAAAUGACGUCGAUUAUAUGGCAAUAUAAUUACUUAUUAGUAAGACAUUUAGUCAAUUCGUAACAGUGUUAGUCAUACGUACUAGACUAUUGAUUAGUAGGAUAACUUUGUUAGUGAUCGUAAUAAUUCAACGCUAAAUUUUGGAAGCCACAAGAGCGUGUUAGUUAAAGAGUGUAGGUGUUGAAACGUCGCAGUAUGAAUAUUUUUGUGAAAUUAAUUUUGGUUGAUAUUCGACAAUCGAGACAUUAAAAUGACCUUGUAUUUUUGGUAAAAAAGGACUAUUAUCAGGCAAAAUAGAGAUCAUAAUGAAGUUAUUGAUACUUUCAAUGGUGUAUAUUAAUGUAAAGCGUAAAUUAUGCAUUUAAAAUAUAAUUUAUCGAAAGUACUGUUAUGUCUCGUCAUUAAUGCAUUUGACAUGAAGUUUUGAGGAGGAAUAUUCAGUUAAACUGUCAAUUUUCUGGUACUAAUCGAUUUACAAAUUUAGUAUCUACUAAGUUUAAACCUCGCGGAACGUGUAGUUGGCGCCCCUAAUAUUGUAUCCAAAUUUCCCAUACAUGCAAGUUGGCUGUAACAACUUGUCCAAAAUAAAGCGCCUGUAUCGCAUGUCCAUCACAGAUUGAGAGGGGCGAUGGCAGGCCGCGCUGACGGAAAUUAUGGUAUUAAACCAUGCCUAAAAUCUUUCUCGAGUUAUCACUUAGUAAGUGCACAAAUUUUUACGUAUUUCCCAAUUGUGGUUCAGGCGUGAUGCUGGCAGACAUUUAGCAAAGUUUGUUCUUAUUUGGAGCAUUCCAAGACAACUUCCUCAUCCGACGAUGGUCCAAAGAUUCACCCCUCAGAAUGUUUUCCAAAGAAAAUUUGGUCUGGAAAUUGAUGAUCCAUUAGCUGUUCUACUGAAUAUUAAUCCUUAAAGAAGUUAUUUCCUGAUAAGGGAAAAUUACUAUUAUCAUUAAAACUUUCCUAUAUGUUGUUUUUUAAAACAAUAUCUUUAUUUUGCUUAUUAUUACGUUUGCGAUUCCGCUUUAGUUGGUUUGUAAAUAUUGUAAUUUUUUAGUGAAGAUUUGGAGUUUAAAAUGAUGUUGAAUGCUUCAUUUUAAUCAAGGAGAAAUAUAUCGUUGCCCGUCUAUUUCUUACAAUGUGUAAGAAAAAUAUAUUGUGUUAUUUUCGAUCAAAAUCAUUGCAUCAUCAUCAUUAUAAAUGAUGUGAACAAAAAAGAAUUAGGCAAUGUUAUGAUUUAGUGUAAUGUUUUAGUUUGUAUGGUGAACAAAACUAUCAGGAUUCACGCUGUCAUUUCCAAGUAUCGACCAUUCAUAUUCUAAAUACGUAGCAGAAAUAUGUACAAUGAAAUAUACUCAUCUCCGAUUGUAUCAUUUUAUUGUAUGUAUUUUAAACAUAGCGGCAGAAAUAUUUUUUGGCUAGAAAAUAAAAGAAGAGAAUUUUUGAUGCUAGCUGAAAGCAUUCCAGUUAUUUUUAUAAUGUAAUCCUGUAUUUAUUUUAAUUCCAUGUAUUUAUAUUAAAAAUACCUGAAACGAAAGGUAUGGUGGAUUUUUGUAACUGUUAAUAUAGCAGGACACAAGAUAUGUAAAUCGUCACAUAAGCUGAUUAGUUCCGAAAUAGAAUAGAAAUGUAUCUUUUUACAAAAUCUGCUAUAUUUUUGGUUAUUAUUCAAUCAACUAAAAACUAGAGGUAAAUGUUGGAAAUUUAGUUUAACAUGUUUCUCUAUUGUCGAACUUAUAACUACUGUGGCAAGAUAUAGUAUCACAUGCUUAAGGACCUACUAAAAGCUUGAAGAGGGAAAAAAUCGAUUUUUACUGGAAAAUAUUAUGCUACUGAUAUUCCACAAAGUUUAUCGCAGUCUUUUUCCUUGAGAAAUAUUUGCCAGAGGAGUACUUUUGAAAAUUUUAAUAUGCAAAAUGGGUAAUUUUUCCUGUUCACAUUCAGUCUGACAUUCAAGUCAUAUCAAUGUUAUCUUAAUAUUUUAAAUCUGAUUGCUUCUGUAAAGACAUAGACAUCGAGUGGCUCAGCUUAUUUUUGCGCAUAAAAGGUAUUAUUUUAAACCUUGUUUCUAGUUGAUUGGAAUUCGAAUCUAUAAAUAUGUAUGUAUGACAAAGAAGAUGUAAACAGUUAUAAAUAUUAUUUUAUUUUUUUGAAAAUAUAGUUCAUAAAAAUGUGAUAAUGUACAUUCGUAUUUAUAUUAUAUAUUUUGUGUUGUAUAAUUCUAUAAUUUCUUUUAGAAGUAUUACAUUCUGUAUUGCCAUUGCAUAGUCGCCUCCCUAGGUUUGUUGGUAGAUAUGUCAAUAUUCAUAUCAUGAUACUUAAUUUUAUCUAGCUAUGCCAGUGAUGCUCUGCCUGAAAUCAUAUGUGACCAUGUUAGAAGACUCCAAAUUGGUAAUAAGCUUGUGAAGAAGUGAAAUUGAUUUGUAUAUGGUUACAGUCGGACGUUCACAAAUGAGAACCUAUUCACAUAAAACUUACACUUAGGUACAGAAAAUAACAAGAUGUCAAUCAAUUAAUAAAUAAUCUAACAGCAAACCAUUUACUGUAGAUAUAGGCUAGAGGCACUGGUACUAUAUUAAUAUUAAGAUUUCUUUAAACUGUCUUACAUGCAGAGUGGCUAAAUUUAGUCUUCACACUCCAGUAAUUUAAAUACCUGAAUAACUACAAGGAAAAUAUUUCAGAUACAAAAUAGUGUAAAUUGACCUAAACCUUGAACUUGAAGUGAAAUAAGGAAACUCUCAAACCGAGCUAACAGAUUGCCUUUUAAGGUGACACGUCCCUUUUUUAGAUUUCUUUUCAACUUCCUGUUUGCAGCAGUAUUCUAAAUACUUUUUAUCUGAUGAUUUCAUGGUGUGUAUAGAGAUGACUAAAAAACAAUGUUUUUUUUUGUAGAAAAACGCAUUUUUGUGCAUUUUAUUGCGCAUUCUUUCUUCAAUCGGAACUUGUUAACAAAUAUACAUAAGUACAGCUCUGAAAUUGUGUGAAUAUUCCUUUUUUAUGGAAGAAUGAAACGAGUGAUUACUUUUGUUCUUAUCACUUUUCCUUUUGGAAAAAUCUUUGAUUUGCUUGAAGCCUCAUCUCGCAGCAAGUUGAGUUUUCAAGAAAAACAAAGCUUUUUGGAAAAAGAAAAGUGAUAAGAACAAAAGUAAUCACUCGUUUCAUUCUUCCAUAAAAGAAUAUUCACACACAAUUUCAGAGCUGUAAUUAUAUUUGUUAACAAGAUUGAAGAAAAAAUGCACAAAAAAAUGCAUUUUCUGCAAAAAAAAUGAAAACAUUGUUUUUAGUCAUCUUUAUACCACCAUUGAAUUAUCAGAUGAAAAGGAUUUAAAAUAUUACUGUAAACAGGAAGUUGAAAAAAAAUCUAAAAAUAAAGGACGUGCCACCUUAAAGGUGGUCCAGAAUAAGACGGCUAAAUCUGGGAUGCAUAUACAGGAUAAGAAAAUAAUUCCAGAAGUUGUAGAAACGUUCUGCGGAGCUUCCCUACCGAGUUAGUCUCCUAAAGGGUUACAGUAGACAUUGUUUUUCUUUGAAGGACUUUUGAACGGCACUGCUUAAUGCAACGAAAUUUGCCGUAAUGGAGGUUUGCUAAUUUUUUCAGCAGCCUGUAAAACGACCUCAUGCAUCCUGAAAUGAUAUCUGGUUAAUACCAAUGUAAGUAUUUGAGUACCAAGAAUAAUUUAGGUCACAAUCUUUUUCUGCAUUUAUGCUGUAAAUUAUUGGUAGCUGCUUAUGAUAGAUCCGUUUUAUUUGUUCACUUAAUCAUGUUUCGUUUUGUAAUAGCAUAAAGUUAUGUAUAUGUAUAUCAACGCUAGGUUUUUGAUGUUAGAUGUGUACAGUGUUGAGCUUGAAACUGUUAAAGCGGUUUAAAUAUAUUGAAAAAUUUAAAAUAAAGAAGUCAGGAAUAA